GAGAGGGGGGCUGGUGGAUGGGGGGGGGAUAACAAGUGGAAUUUCUCUCUAAGCCGAUUAUCACGGUCGUUAGCCACCCGCCGGCCUAUUCAAGGGAUGCCCGGUUGUCCGGUUGGGAAAAAGCGCACCGCGACGUCUUGCCACAGCCUACCGGUAGGCUAAUCGGGCAAGGAAGCAGGUCACACUCGAUCAGGUGUCUAGUCAGAGGACGUUGGUAACUGGUGAUAUGUGUAGAUUAAUAUUCCGAGAUGAUCUACAGUAGUUUUAACCUUUUGGGAGCCCACGGGAACCCGUCACCGAGAGUGCAUUUGCACCAGAGAGCGGUUUCCUGACCGGGGGUUUGUGACAGGCCGUUUCUGACAUGAAGACGCGACCUGCGGGGAUCGGCAGUGUCAAUGCCGACUGGAUGGGUUCGCUCCCCUCCAAACUCAGUGCCAUGCCCCUCAAACACCUUGCCGUGCCAGGGUCCCAUGAUUCUUUUACCUUCUGGGUGGAUGUGCAUGCUCCUGUGGGCCCCGAUCAGAAGGCUUAUGUGAAGUACCUGGCCACCAUGUUUAGCGUUUUAGCCAAGAAAGUCAUGGUGAAGUGGUCCAUGACCCAGAACCUGACAUUUAAGGAGCAGCUGGAUGCAGGAAUUCGCUACUUUGAUCUCAGGGUCUCCUCCAAACCAGGUGAGCCUGGGAAUGAGAUCUACUUCAUCCAUGGUCUCUUUGGACACAAGGUGAGGGAUGGCCUGAUAGAAAUCAACUUCUUCCUAGACAGACACAGGAAAGAGGUGAUAUUCCUAGACUUCAACCACUACUAUGCAAUGGGCCCAGAGCACCAUGUGUACCUCCUCAACGUGCUCCAGGAAGUGUUUGGCAGUAAGCUUUGUAACAACUGUGCUGUGGAGAGCAUCACUCUGGACUUCCUCUGGGAGAAGAAAUACCAGGUAAUUGUGUUCUACCAUCAUCCAUCAGCUCAGGGCAUCCCUGUCAUGUGGCCUGGCAACAAGAUCCCUGCUCCCUGGGCCAACACCACUGAACCCAACAAGCUCAUACAGUUCCUGGAAACCACACUGAAGGAAAGAGCCAAGCAGGGCUCCUUCCAUGUGUCCCAGGCCAUCCUCACACCCAGGGUCAACACUGUGGCCAAGGGCCUUGUCUGGGGGCUACGCAACUACCUGGUGGAAAGAAACCUACCAACCAUCAUGUCCUGGGUUGAGGCUCAGAGGCCGGGGGUGGACGGGGUCAACAUCAUCACCUCUGACUUUGUGGAGCUCACUGACUUUGCCAACAUUGUCAUCAAACUCAACAACCUGCUGUUGUCUGAACACGACCGUAAACCAAGAUGACACCUAUUUGCACAACAGGACAAAGGUGAUUUGACCUAAAGUAUGGUGGAGGUUGGAAGUCAGCUGGCAGAUUCUUCCACCACUCUUGAGUAAUAGUUCUUACAUAGUGCUGCAGUCCUGGGAAAUUCUUAUAAAAACAGUCUAUAAAAAACAAGGACAAACUGAUCUUUGUGACGUUAAUGGUUUUUAUAUUAGUGACUUUUUUAGGGUCAGUUACAAAAUGGCCCUUCAUCUAGCUUAUUUGGUUUAAUUUUCUUGCUCAAGAGCACUUUAGCAGUCAUACUAUAAGAAGGAGGGUCUUCUAGGCCC